AUGACAGCGACUCUUGAUUUAGUUGUGAGAGGAGUGUCCAACUCCGGGACUGUGACCCGGUGCGGUGGGUCGGAAAUUAUCAACGUCGCGACCCGGAACCGCCGCGGAGGAUGGCGUCGGUGGAGACACGUCGGCAAGAAGCGCCGGUACGUUUGUUGUCGAAACUUGUGUCUGCAUUUGAUGUUGGAUGGUUUCAUCGGACCUGAGAUGCCUUCCCUCAAUGGACUGGAACCCCUGCCAGAAAAUGACGAGUGCAAGAAAAAUCAAAGACACCAAGACCUUGUUUUGCGCCAUGUUCGGGAGGCUGAAAAUCAAGGUCGAUUCCAAUGGAGGCAUUUUAUAGAGCUCACAACACAAGCUAAGGAAUACUGCGCGCGGGAGACCUAG